GCGGGGCGACACCGGGGAGGACAGCACACCCGAACGCCAUCACGGCGCAGUCGGACGCGACAACUGAGCCGGGCAAUGGGCGCCGGCGUGGUGCGGGUUUGCGAGUGCCGCGAUCAAGUGCAUCUGUAUAGUGAGUGCGACCGCCGGUGAGCAGAGUGCUGCGCCUAAUGUCAGCCGGACGGCGCCGCCGGUGACCUCGCGCGCCUGACCCGGGCGGGUGCCGCGCGCCGUCGCGCAGGCCACCAUGACGAUGCUCGCGGUGUUCGGCGCGCUGCGCGGGGUGGUGCGCACCAACGCGCCGGGCGAGGUGCACCUGUCGUCGGUGUGGUCCGCCCUGCACCACCGCCUCACCGCCAUCCUGCUGCUGUUCCUCAUGCUGCUCGUGUCCGCGCGCCAGUACCUGGGCGAGCCCGUGCAGUGCGUGCAGCAGAAGGACGACGCGGGCGUGCCCGAGAGCGUCAUGAACACGUACUGCUUCAUCGCCACCACGUACACGGUGGUGCGGCCGAGGCCGGCGGCGGCCGCGCCCGCCGCCUCGCCCUGGGGCCGGACGGGCACCGUCCGCGGCGCCCUGCACCCGGGCCUGCAGGGGCUCGUCCAGAACCUCGGGGACGACCCCGCCCUGGACGACCCCGCGCCGGGGGUGGCCGACGAGCAGGGCGCCUCCAUCCGCCGGCACGCGUACUACCAGUGGGUGCCGCUGGUGCUGGGCAUGCAGGCCGUGCUGUUCGCCGCGCCCUACAUGUUCUGGACGCUGUGGGAGGGCGGUCUGGUGGCCGGCGCGCUGCGCGGCCUCCGUCUGCAGGAGGUGGUCGCCGCCGACAAGCGUCUCGGCCAGGUGCGCCUGCUCGCGAGGUACUUCCACGGCACUCUCAACAGCCACACGGUGUGGGCUGUGGGCUACUGGGCCGUCGAGGUGCUGAACCUGUGCAACGUGGUGCUCAACGCCCUCGCCCUGGACGCGCUGCUCGGGGGACGGUUCUUCAGCUACGGGAUGCAGGUGCUGGCCGCCGCCCCCGCUGCCCCCGCCGCCCCCGCGCACCCGCAGCUGCUGGUGCCCCGCCGCCUGGACCCGUACCCGCACUGGGAGCCGGCCGCGGCGCUGCACCGGCCCGCCGACCCUCUGGACCACCCAGAGGACCCCGCCGACCCCAUGGAGGCCGUGUUCCCGAAGCUCACCAAGUGCACCUUCUUCAAGUACGGCCCUUCAGGCUCCAUCCAGCGGCACGACGCGCUCUGCGUCAUGGCCUUGAACGUCGUCAACGAGAAGGUGUUCGUGCUGCUCUGGGUCUGGUUCGCCAUGCUCGCCGCCGCGUCGCUGCUCAUCGUGGUGCGGACCUGCGCGGCCAUGGCCGCCUACGCGUGCACCAGGAGGAGCGCGAGCAGGAACAGGCUGACGCUCUGGCUGUUCGGCCGGCUGCUGGGGCUGCCGCCGCUCUCCGUCGGCGUGUCCGAGACCCUCGCCGGCCACCUCAACGUCGGCGACUGGCUGUUCCUGCUGCUCCUGGCCAAGAACAUGCCGCGCGUCGUGUACCGCAGCCUGGCCAACGAGAUCGCCAUCGUCCUUGGCCCAAACAGGGGGCCGACGGCUCCCCCAAACAAGGGCCCCGCCGAGGACGGAAAGGAGCUCGACCCUCUGGUCCCCCUGGUGGAGGUGACCACAUGACGGCUGAGCUGGAAAUUUCGAUGCGCGGCGCGGCGCUCGGCAGCGCGACCCUGAACCAACUUCCUAGCCCCCUCCCUCCCUCCCUCCCCAUUUUCCCCUCCCCUCCCCUCCCACGUCCCCACGUGGAGUUGCCAGACGUCUGCUGCGGACGCCUGUUGCUUUUGUUUUGAUUUUGCAGAGUUAUUCUUCGAGGCAUAUUUCACGUCGAUGCUGGCCAGCUGGCCUCCCAUGGACCGACCGUCGCGUCGGCACCAACACGCGGGUAACUCUUGGCUCUCUAGUCGCAGACUGUUUUGAUCUCAUAUCUGCUGUUGGUGUGAGCUUUUUGCAGAAAGGUGGCGUUACCAAAGUUCAGUGCUAGUACAUAACAUUAACAUUUAUUUAUAGGACUUGUUCCUCGAUGUAAAAUAUGUACAAAUAAAGGGAACUUGUAAAACUAA